CAUCAUGUGGGCAAUUCUAAAUAUAUCCACUCACAAUGCCGACACAUUUGUGCACAGUACUGUUUGAUACAAGAGAAAACUGAGUGCAUUAUUUGUUAUUUUGUGCAAUAACAAAGACUUUUUGAAACUAUUUUCGGGACCAAAUGACUUGUAUUUCGUUGAAAAUGACAAUUGGUAGUGUGGUGUGUUGUUUGUGUGAUGUUUGGAUUUAAAAACCUAUUUAAUAAGUGUUGCUGGCGGGUCGGCGAGAUGCACACAGCGAGCGCAGAGGGACAGUACCGGGGGACGAAUGGCGCCGCGCUCGGGCGGGAUAAGGUGGCCAUAUUGGACGCUGGCUCGCAGUAUGGGAAGGUGAUAGACCGCCGCGUGCGCGAGCUAUGCGUGGAAUCGGACAUACUCCCGCUGGACACGCCGGCCUACCACCUGAAGGAGGCCGGCUACCGCGCGAUCAUCAUAUCGGGCGGGCCCAACUCGGUGUACGCGGAGGAUGCGCCGAGAUAUGACGCGGAUAUAUUCAAAAUUGGAUUGCCGGUUUUAGGAAUAUGCUACGGUAUGCAAAUGCUGAAUAAGGAGUUUGGUGGUUCCGUGCUACGCAAGGAAGCUCGAGAGGAUGGACAGUACGAGGUGGAGGUGGAAACCACAUGCCCAUUGUUCAACCGCUUAGAAAAACUCCAGCCAGUUCUUCUAACUCACGGGGACAGCGUGCAAAAGGUCGGCGAUCGGUUCCGCGUUGGCGCACAGUCGUCGAACCACUUGAUUGCGGCGAUAUACAAUGAGCAGAUGCGACUGUAUGGUGUACAGUUUCAUCCGGAGGUGGAUCUAACGCCCAAAGGCAAGCAGAUGCUGUCGAACUUUUUAUUCGACAUAGCGGGCUUGUCGCGCACGUUCACGCUUCGCUCGCGUCGCGACGCGUGCGUGCAGUACAUACGCGAUACUGUUGGCGAUAAUAAAGUGCUUGUUUUAGUAAGUGGCGGUGUGGAUUCGACGGUAUGCGCUGCGUUGUUGAGAACCGCCCUAAGAGAGGAUCAGGUUAUCGCUCUGCACAUUGAUAAUGGUUUCAUGCGUAAAAACGAAAGUGCCAAAGUCGAGAGGUGUCUUCGCGAGCUCGGAGUCCGUUUACACGUCAUAAAUGCGGGUCAUCAGUUCCGGCAAGGCAGCACGUCGGUGCGCGAGGCGGGCGGGCGCACGCGGCACACGCCGCUGCUGUGCCAGACCACCGCGCCCGAGGACAAGCGCAAGAUCAUCGGCGACGUGUUCAUGCGCGUGGCGGAGCAGGCCGUGCGCGACCUGCUCAACGUGCAAGAGGACCAAGUCCUCCUCGGGCAGGGUACUCUACGACCGGAUCUAAUCGAGUCCGCGUCAUCGAUGGCGUCCAACAACGCGGCCACAAUCAAGACGCACCACAACGACACGGAGCUGGUGCGGGCGUUACGUGCCCGUGGUAGGGUUGUGGAGCCCCUCAAGGACUUCCACAAGGACGAGGUGCGCAUCCUGGGUGCAGAACUAGGCUUGCCCACGGCGCUGGUAGAAAGGCAGCCGUUCCCCGGGCCCGGGCUGGCCGUGCGCGUGCUGUGCCAGGACGAGCCCUACGCGGACCGGGACUUCGCUGAGACGCAGGUGAUAGUGAAGAUAAUGGUCGAGUACGCGUCCAUGUGCGUCAAGUGCCACGCGCUGCUCGGGCGCGUGACGAACGCGACGACGGCCACCGAGCAGGCGGAGCUGCGCCGCAUCUCGUCCACCGGCCCGCUGGUGGCCACGCUGCUGCCCGUGCGCUCCGUCGGCGUGCAAGGUGACGGUCGCACGUACAGCUACGCAGUGGCGCUGUCUACGGAGCGCUACCCGCCCGACUGGAAGGACAUGCAGUACUUAGCGCGGAUCAUACCGCGCGUCUGCCACAAUGUUAACAGGGUGUGCUACGCGUUCGGCGGUCUGAUAAAGGAACAGAUAACGGACAUAACGCCGACUUUCCUCACGCAGCAAGUCAUAUCGACGAUACGGCAGGCGGACGAUUUGGCUACACAGGUGUUAGUGUCGAGCGGUUACGCGGCGCGCAUAGCGCAGAUGCCGGUGGUGCUGAUCCCGGUGCACUUCGACCGCGACGCGGCCGUGCGCGCGCCGUCCUGCCAGCGCUCGCUCGUGCUGCGCCCGUUCCUCACCGCCGACUUCAUGACCGGCGUGCCCGCGCUGCCCGGCUCCGACGUGAUGCCGCAGGACGUGGUGGACAGAAUGCGCAAGGAGCUGGUGAGCGUGCCAGGCAUAUCGCGGGUGCUGUACGACCUCACGCCCAAGCCGCCGGCCACCACCGAGUGGGAAUGAUCGCCUCAAUGCCUUCCUUUUAUAUAUAUUUUUUUACUCAAGCACCCACGGCAGCGGUCCCAUAUUUUGUUAUUCUGUUAUACAGAUAGUACCAAAUGAAACAUACAUUUUGUAUGUUAACGGUUCAUGUUGAAUUUGUUAGUGUUAUAACUUUAUCCUUUAGCGCAGUCAAUUGGACAUGUGACGCUAGUGCGUAGACAAAUUGUUCUGUGUUAUUGAUGUACAUAAUAAAGUAACUGCAUGUAGAGCCGCAUACUAAAUGUUAUAAAAUCAGCCUGACUACAGCAGCUCCUAAAAUGUUUAUAGACGAUUCCGUUGUUCUAAUUAAAUGUUUAUAGACAACUGUAAUCGGGUUUUAAACAAAUUAUGUGAAUCGCAAAGUAUUUGUUUGCACGGUGUCAUUCUGAAUGUUGUUAAGAAAAACCGUGUAUUAAUAUUUGAUGGAGGUUAAUUUUUUUUUGUUAUUAUUGUCAAUUGAGUUAUCGAAUGGGACCACUGCCAAUAAUGAAUUUGUAAAUAAAUUGGUGAACGGAUACGCGCGUAUAUUUAGCUCCACUGUUUUGUAACGUUGUAGUAUAAUUACUAUCGAAGGCUGUGUAAAAUAUAAAGCCAACAGAUAUUUGCACUCCAAAUAUAAAUCUUGUAUGAAAUCAGACGCAUUGUUUUAUGGAAUGGUUCAGUGUUAUUGACUGGAGGUUUCAUAAUAAAAAUUAUAUUAUUGCUUUAUUUUCA